AUGUCCAUCGGCUGGAUCGUCGUGUCCUUCUUCACCCUCCUCGUAGCCAUCGCCAUGGCCGAGGUCGUCUCGGCCAUUCCCACCAGCGGCGGACCCUACUUUUGGUCUGCCAUGCUCGCACCCCCGCGCUGGUCACCAUUCGCAGCGUGGCUCACAGGGUGGUAUAACCUCCUCGGCCAAGUACAAUCACCCCGCACCAUCUCGCGUCCCCAAACCCCCUUCACCACCACCACCACCACCACUAACACCCUGUUCCUCCCAACCUCCCAGGUAGCCGUAACCACCGGCAUAACCUUCGGCCUCGCCAACCUGAUCCCCACAGCCAUCACGCUCAAGAACCCGUCCUUCGUCCCCACCCCGCCCAUCACCAUCGGCAUCUACGCGGCGCUCCUCCUCUCCCACGCCGUCGUCAACACCUUCGGCGUGCGCAUCCUGCGCCAUCUCAACAACUUCUCCAUCGCCCUGCACAGCGCGGGCAUCACGGCGCUCUGCAUCGCCGUGCUCGCCAAGGCGCCCUCCCACCAGCCGGCGUCGUUCGUGUUUGGGCGCUUCCACGAUGGGACUGGCACGGAUGGGGCCGAGGGGUGGAGUGGGCGCGCGAGUGCCGUGUACGUGGCGCUGUGUGGUGGCUUGCUGUCGCAGUAUACCCUGACGGGGUUUGAUGCGUCGGCGCAUUUGAGUGAGGAGACGCGGAAGGCGAGUUGGAGUGCGCCGAUUGGGGUCGUGUCGAGUGUGGGGUUCAGUGCAUUGUUUGGGUUUUUUGUGUUGAUGGCGUUGUUGUUUUCGGUGCAGGACUUUGAGAGGACGCUGGACAGUGUGUAUGGGCAGCCGGUGCUGCAGAUUCUGGUGGAUGUGGCUGGCGAGAAUGGCGCGUUGGGGUUGUUUGUCUUGAUCAUGGUUUGCGUCUGGCAUUGUGGUUUGUUCAGCAUGACCAGCAACAGCAGGAUGAUGUUUGCUUUUGCCCGUGAUGGCGGGAUUCAUCCUUUCUUCCACAAGGUUGAUGCUCGGUUUCGAUCACCAAUCCGUGCCGUAUGGCUGUCGGCGACGCUGUCCUUCUGUCUUGCGCUUCCUUCGCUUGGGUCAAGCGUUGCGUUCGCGGCAGCCACCUCGAUAGCGACCAUCGGCCUUUACCUCUCCUACGGAAUCCCUCUCUUCAUUGGCUUAGUAUGCCACCGAUCUUUCAGGGCAAUGAAGGGGCCGUUCAACCUCCACGCCCUGUCUAGGCCGAUCGCCGCUGUGGCCUGCCUGUGGAUUCUGUUUAUCACAGUGGUCUUUUGCCUGCCAACUGCCAACCCCGUUACCAGCCAGACGUUGAACUACACAGUUGUUGCCGUUGGAGUCUUGACCAUCUUCGCGGUUGGCUCGUGGGUUCUCUGGGCACACCGGUGGUUUACAGGUCCUUCCGCUGAGGUGGCGGAGGCAAUGAGGCAGGGGGUGGACAUUACAGAGCCGGGUGCAUUUGAAGCGCGGGUGAAGCAGGAAACCGAUCAACCGAGAAAGCUGUCCGACAGCUAG